UAAUUUUGGAAUUUUUACAAAAAUAUUGGGCGUAGAAGAAAAUUUGCAAGAAGAACACAACACAAAUCAUUCUUUGUUCAGUUUGUUGCCGCGAGGGUCACUACACUGAACUAGUCUGAACCACCAUCAAAACCCCAUUCUCCUCUUCGCAAUCAACCUCCAAAUCCAAAUUUUCUCUCUCUGCCUUCACAUUCCAAUUUCAAACACCAUCCGAAUCCAAUCCAAUCAAAACAAACUCGUCUCUUCCAGCGUUUUUGAAAACCCUCUCGAUGCCCCGACCCAGACCCAUUAAUUCAUGAGUCACGAGAUGGAGGCACUGGCAGAAAACCCAGGUAGGUCAAGGGACUUAAAACACCCAUCGAAAAACCCUACAAAACCGCCCCAACCGAACCAAUUUCCCUCCCACCUCGACGCGCCCAACGUCUCCUCCACGGCGCGUGCCCUGUGCGACAUCCUCACCCGAAGCUCCCCUCAGGACAUCGAAUCGGCGCUCUCCUCCUCGGGAAUUGUCCCCGAGGAAGAGUGCACGAACGAGGUCCUGAGACUCUCGUACAAUUACCCCUCCUCGGCCGUCAAGUUCUUUCGAUGGGCUGGGCGCGGGAAGAAGCACCCUGUCCACACGUGGAACUUGAUGGUUGACCUGCUGGGUAAAAACCAGCUCUUCGAGCCCAUGUGGGACGCCGUUAGGUCCAUGAAACAGGAGCAAAAGCUUUCACUAUCCACUUUCGCCUCCGUUUUCCAGAGCUACUGCACCGCCGCUAGGUUUAACGAGGCCGUUAUGAGCUUCGACGUGAUGGACAGGUACGGUGUCAAGCAGGACGUGGUCGCCGUUAACUCGCUCCUCAGCGCCAUUUGCAGCGAGGACAACCAAACCUCCUUUGGCCUCGAAUUCUUCGAGGGGAUCAAGGCGAAGGUGCCACCGGACGGCGACACCUUCGCCAUUUUGCUCGAAGGGUGGGAGAAGGAAGGCAAUGCUGCCAAAGCUAAGACCACCUUUGGGGACAUGGUGGCCCACAUUGGCUGGAACAAGGACAAUGUUGCUGCCUACGAUGCGUUUUUGAUGACCCUCCUUCGCGCUGGGCUCAUGGAUGAUGUUGUGAGGUUCCUUCAGGUCAUGAAGGACCACGACUGCUUCCCAGGUUUGAAAUUCUUUACCACUGCACUUGACUUUCUUGUCAAGCAAAACGAUGCUGAUCACGCUGUCCCCGUGUGGGAUGUAAUGGUGAGUGGUGAACUAGUGCCUAAUUUGAUCAUGUACAAUGCCAUGAUUGGGCUGCUCUGCAACAAUGCUGCGGUUGACCACGCAUUUCGCCUGCUCGAUGAGAUGGCCUUCCAUGGCGCUUUCCCAGACUCCUUGACUUAUAACAUGAUCUUCGAGUGCUUGGUGAAGAACAAAAAGGCGCGUGAGACAGAGAGGUUCUUUGCCGAGAUGGUCAAGAAUGAGUGGCCGCCCACAGGCUCUAAUUGCGCUGCAGCCAUCGCGAUGCUGUUUGAUUGUGAUGACCCCGAAGCAGCACAUGAGAUUUGGAGUUAUGUUGUUGAGAAUCGUGUCAAGCCACUAGAUGAAAGUGCGAAUGCAUUGCUCAUUGGUCUUUGUAACAUGAGUAGAUUCACGGAGGUGAAGAGGUUUGCUGAGGACAUUCUUGAUAGAAGGAUUAAUAUAUAUCAAUCUACAAUGAGCAUACUGAAGGAUGCCUUCUAUAAAGAAGGUAGAAGUGCAAGAGACAGAUAUGAUAGUCUUUAUAGGAGAUGGAAAGCUCAUGUCCAGUUGUAAUCCCAAAACUAAUUUGCAUUUCUUUGUUUUAAAAUUUUUGGCUGUUCAACCUUUGUUGCCAAAGACAGGCAGGCAGGCUUUGCUUGUUCUUGACCGUUUUGGCAUUGCCUUAAAUAUGGUGUUUCACAAGUUUCAUCAUAUGCACUCCAUGGUAGCCUUUCCUUUUGAUAGUC